GUCAAGUUCAACAUUUCUUUAAAAGUGUUUACAAUUUGUGUUGACGAUAAAUGGAUUUAAAUAGGACUUAAAAGAAGCAAAACACGAAAAUGGUUAUAUAUGGUGUUUAUAUAGUGAGCAAAUCUGGCGGUUUGAUUUAUAACUAUGAUCACAACAUACCGAAAGUAGAAACGGAAAAAACAUUCGGCUAUCCGCUGGAUAUAAAACUACAGUAUGAGAAUAAGAAAAUCGUCGUUGUUUUCGGCCAAAGAGAUGGAAUAAAUGUUGGACACAUGCUGCUGUCUGUGAAUGGAUCACCGGUGGCCGGCCGCACCACCGAAGAUGGCAGAGAUGUCUUUGAUCUCAUUGAAGCUAAGGAGAAUUACCCUCUAAGUUUGAAGUUUGGUCGCGCUAGAGCCACAACAAAUGAGAAGAUAGUGCUGGCUAGCAUGUUCUAUCCGCUGUUUGCAUUGGCCAGCCAGCUCAGCCCCGUACCCAAGUCCUCCGGCAUCGAGCUCCUCAAUGCCGAUACAUUCAAGCUGGCCUGCUUCCAGACAUUGACAGGUGUGAAGUUCAUUGUGGUGACGGAGCCGAGCAUGGCGGGCGCGGAGGCGGUGCUGAAGCGCAUCUAUGAGCUGUACUCAGACUAUGCACUUAAAAACCCUUUCUACUCCCUUGAGAUGCCCAUCCGCUGUGAACUGUUUGACACCUCCCUGCAUACCCUGCUCGAGCUGGUGGAGAAGUCAGGAACGGCCAACUUAUAGUGAAAUGGGCAGACCUGGACAGAUUUGAGUUAUUCCGCUGCGAAUAAGCCACAAUUCCUCAUACACUUUAUAGACUCCACAUGUGAUGUGAUAAAUGUGAGAAGAGGUCUCAGUUUCAGUAUAACAAUAAUAGUUAAAAUGUGUCUUGUGGUCACACAUUCCCUGAGGACUUACCUCAUGUAGAAAAGUUUAAAAAAUCAGUCUCAUUGAAGUUGUUGUAAACAUAGUUCAUCUAUACUAAUAUUAUAAAGAGAAAAGAUAAGAUUGUUUAUGUUGAAUGAGCUCCACAACAAGUGCACUCAUUGGCUGCAUGAAGAUGUUCCCUAAAACAUAUAUA